CGGCUCGGGCCAGCUGCGGGAUCCGGGGGUGGGGGCCGGGCCGGGCCGCCUGGGGACGCUAUGAAUUAGGAGGCCUGGGGAGCAGCCCCAGCUGGUGCCUGGUACAGCUCAGGAGCCCAGAUCGCGUCUGUGACUAGCCCCCACCGCUGCCCUGGCUGGGGGCUGGGCGAUUGUGUGUAUUAGCCUCACCUGCCCCUGCCAGCCCGCCUUGCCCCGGGACCAUGGUGCCAUCGCCGCGGCCCCGGGACAGCUACAGCCUGACGGGGGUGACCCCGGCCAGCACGGUGCUGGUGUACCGCAACGGGGACCCCUUCUACUUGGGCAGGAAGUUCGUGAUCCACCACCGCCACGUGAGGACUUUCGAGGCGCUGCUAGCCCAGCUGAAUGAAGGGGUGGAGGUGCCCUUUGGGGUGAGGACUCUGUACACCCCCCAGGAAGGGCACCGCAUCCGCAACCUGUCCGACCUAAAGCAGGGCGGGAAAUACGUGGCCGCUGGGCGGGAAAGGUUUAAAAAACUGGAUUAUAUUCAUAUAAGCAUUAAAAAACCACAAAGACGAAAGAAGGUAGUGGUGAUUAAACCAGUAGUUCAUAGUAAAAUACGUGUGCCUUCCAGGUGGCAAUUGAUCAGUAAUAAGCCACGUAAUAUCAAUGUUUUCACAAAUGGAGAUAUGCUUAUACCACCUAUAAAAUUUAUCAUACCCAGGUUUACUCUGAAAAACUGGAAUUGCGUCCUUGCGCUAAUAAAUGAAAAAAUCUUUCCUCGCUCCGGUGGUGUUCAUAGGCUGUACACAUUGGAUGGUCAUGCUGUACGUAACUCAGAUGGCUUAGAAGACAAUCAUUAUUAUGUUGCAGCAGGCAAAGAGAAGUUUAAAUCUUUGCCAUACUGGCGUUCUUCCAUAGUUUCACCAGAAGUUCAGCGCAGAUAUGGUGAGUCUCCAAAAAGGCCCAGAAAGAAAAAGGCAAGAUCAGAGAAACAUAGUGCAAGUCAACCUUCAUGUAGACAUUCAGCAAAAUCACCAAAAAGUCCCAAACCAGCAGAUGGAAAAGCACACUCAGUUUUUUAUGCUAAAGAAAGCAAAGAAGUCAAGAAGGCAAGACCUGAAAGGACUACGCCCCUGGGAUCUGAUAAGGCACCAAGUAUUUUUAAAGCUGGUAAACCCCGGGGAGAAGUCCAAGGGGCAGCAGAGGUACAAGAAGACAAAAAUCUGAAAGUGGAGAUGCCUAUCGAUCAGGUUCCAGCUCAGAUUGUCCAAGAAGAAGAAAUUGUGGCACCUGCCAGUACUCUUGCUGAUGAGGCUGAGGAAGGUGGCAGUCCCUAUGAGGAUAUUGAGAAAAAGGAAAAGAAGAAAGAAUGGAGCUUGAAAAAUAUGUUUGGCUUCUUUCUCAAAAAGCCUGGAGAAUCUAAAGACAAAAGGGGAGAAUCCGAACAAAACCAGCCUGCAGAGGAACCCCUACCAGAACAAAUUAAUGAAAGAAAAGGAACAUAAAGAGAUGAUUUCAAAUGUCAUGUCAUGUUGUGCUAUAGAGGAUUUUAAUGUUGCAGGCCAGGAUGUAGUUUGCAACUAAUGAAAUAUCAUGUUUACUACAGAGGACUAUCUUCCAUACCAUCAGUUAAGACAGUUCCUCAUAAAGAAACAAACAAUAAAUUCCUCCAUCUUUCUUGCACAAUUAGAAGUGUAAACCUUUA